GCAGGGCCCCUUACUUUUUACUUAUUACUUAUAAAUAAUCAAAUAACUGUACCAUUUUGAAAACCAUCUCAAGUGUAGUGCUUUGAGUAUUCUACUUUCAUUGAGGCUGGUAUUUUCUUAGCUUUUUUAGUUCCAUAAAUGGCUGUUUUCGUAUGUUUUUUUUUUCCCUUUAGAGGAGCCUUGGAGUAAUAAUGUUGCUGCCAAGUGAUAAGGAGUCUCAAGCCGUGGAAACAGCCUCCGACAGAAAUGCUGAGAGGUUGUUUGAUUGUUCUUGAUUAUUGUUGCCCCUUUGUUAUUGACACUUACGUUGUAAAAAUUCAAUCUUGGCUGCUCCUACAAAACUAAAAGUUUGGGGUAAGUAAAAUUUUGUAGGUAAAUAUUAACCUUAAAUAUAUCCAUUCUUUGAUUAUAGGAUUAAACUGCCCUUGAACUUUUUGAUUUUGGGUUGUUACAAUUUCAUCAAAAUGAAUGAAUCCAAGCCAGAAACACCAAAUCCAUCUUCAAAUUCAAGAAAGCUUCCUGAUUUCAAACAAUCUGUUAAACUGAAGUAUGUUAAACUUGGAUAUCAUUACCUUAUUACUCAUGGAAUAUACCUGUUUUUGUCACCUCUAGUUGUUAUAGUUGCUGCUCAACUCUCUACAUUUUCACUCAAUGACCUUUAUGUUCUAUGGGAUCAACUUAGGUUCAAUCUCAUAUCUGUUGUCAUUUGUUCCACCCUUUUGGUCUUUUUGUCUACUGUCUAUUUCAUUACUCGUCCUAGCCCGGUCUACCUCGUAAAUUUCUCGUGUUAUAAACCCGAUGAUGCGAGGAAGUGUACAAGGGAGAAAUUCUUGGAUAUGUCUAGGAAUGUUGGAGCGUUUUCGGAUGGAAAUCUUGAGUUUCAAAGGAAGAUUGUUGAAAAGUCUGGUCUUGGUGAUUUAACUUACCUCCCUGAAGCUGUGACUAAUGUACCACCAAAUCCUUCUAUGGCUGAAGCAAGAAAAGAAGCUGAGGCUGUCAUGUUUGGUGCAAUGGAUGAGCUUCUUGCUAAAACCUCUGUUAAGCCUAAGGAUAUUGGAAUUUUAGUAGUGAAUUGUAGUUUGUUUAACCCGACCCCUUCGUUGUCUGCAAUGAUUGUUAACCAUUAUAAACUUAGGGGGAACAUUAUUAGCUAUAAUCUUGGUGGAAUGGGUUGUAGUGCUGGUUUGAUCUCGAUUGAUCUUGCUAAAGAUCUUCUUCAAGUCCAUCGCAACACUUAUGCUUUGGUGCUUAGCAUGGAAAACAUCACUUUGAAUUGGUAUUUUGGUAAUGAGAAAUCUAUGCUCCUUCCGAAUUGCUUAUUCCGGAUGGGAGGUGCUGCUGUGUUGCUCUCAAAUAAAAGAUCUGAUCGAAGAAGAUCAAAAUACCAACUUGUCCAUACUGUUAGAACACACAAGGGUGCUGAUGAUAAGUGUUUUACAUGUGUUUACCAAAUGGAAGACUCCGAUGGAAAAGUUGGAGUCUCGCUGUCAAAGGAGCUGAUGGCAGUAGCUGGCGAUGCUCUAAAGACAAACAUCACAACAUUGGGUCCUCUUGUGCUUCCUAUGUCUGAACAGUUUCUUUUCUUUGCCACAUUGGUGGGGAGGAAGCUAUUGAAGAUGAAAAUAAGGCCUUAUAUUCCCGAUUUUAAGUUGGCAUUUGAGCAUUUUUGCAUUCAUGCUGGUGGAAGAGCUGUACUGGAUGAACUAGAGAAAAACCUCCAGCUUUCUGAUUGGCAUAUGGAGCCUUCAAGAAUGACACUUAACCGAUUUGGGAACACUUCAAGCAGCUCCCUUUGGUACGAAUUGGCCUACUCGGAAGCCAAAGGAAGGAUCAGGAGAGGAGACCGAACGUGGCAAAUAGCAUUUGGUUCAGGAUUCAAGUGUAACAGUGCAGUUUGGAAGGCUUUGAAAACUAUAAAUCCAGCCAAGGAGAAGAGUCCUUGGAUGGAUGAGAUUCACCAGUUCCCUGUUGAUGUUCCAAAGGUUGCAAGAAUCUAACAGCUUAAUGGAACUUAAAAAUUAGCCAAGUGUUUACUAAAUGUGUACAAGUUAAAAUCUUCAUCGAAGUACUAUGAUUAUAGGAGGCAUGUUUAGGGUAGUCCUUUUUUUUUAAAUGAUAAGGGUAGUCCUUUUGUUGCCUCCAAAAGUAAUCCUUAGCUGAUCCGAUUUGUGAGUUUCCAUAAGAUUUAUGAAUACUGAAGUAUUUGUUUUAAA